UCUCCUGUUUUGUUUUCUUUGUGAAUUAUUUAAAACCCACAUCAAUCUGUAACCGGAGAACAAUGAUCCGUUAAUGUCUGUUUUAAUCUUUACCUUGAAAUUCACAUUAUAACUAACCAACCAAUACUAAUUUGAAGAGUGAGGCCAAAUGGAUGAGGAAUUAAAUAGAUGAUUGAGAUGAUGGGCAGAUGGGAGAUGAAAGAGCAGAAUUACAGGAUGGAGUAGUGUAAGUGCGCGGUAAUUCUGGCUAUGAAAGAGCACAAUGGUAGGACGCCGAGGACAAAUAAAUGAACUGGGUACCAAAGAUAAAUAGACUUCUCCUCCCCUCGUCUUGUUGCUUGUUGUCAUUCCAGUUUAGUGUCUUCUCCUCCCCUCUGUUUCUUCUGGCUGCUUUUCUCCUCCUCCAUGGGAUGCCCACUAAGCCAGAGGCUCAUACCUCACAUAAAGAGUAGUCAUCACACAGAGGAGACACUGAGGGGCUGCUCGGACUCUUACCCCUGUCCUGGCUCAUUCUGAUGAAGGAGAACUGUCUCAUCCAUCCACAAGGCACGAAGGCUGUUGGGAGAUUUUCUGGUUUCUGCCUGUAGGACACAUCAGAUAUCAUCAGGAACAUUAUGGGAAUGUUAAAUUGUGACAGUGGGGACGAAAAAAUGAACUCUACUCCGAAACAUCUCCAUACGCCUUUCUCCAUUGUGGACAUCUUAAGUCAAGCCAAGGACAAGAAACCAAGUGAGAGUUCUAAGGAGAGUAAGACGGAGGAAGAAGAUACAGAUGUGGACUCCUCUGUAGAUCUUAUUCCUGGACCAAGAGAUGAAGCUGGAACAUCUGCACACAGGAACAAGGAAUCAGAAGAAGAAAAGUCAGAAAGUUGCGAGGCUCAGAGAGACCUCAGACCUCCUGUGGCCAGUUCUAAGCCCCGGCGGGCCCGUACUGCAUUCACUUAUGAACAGCUGGUGGCUUUGGAGAGUCGCUUCCGCAGUAGCCGCUACUUGUCAGUGUGCGAGAGGUUGAGUCUGGCAUUGACUCUUCACCUAACGGAGACUCAAGUCAAGAUCUGGUUCCAGAACAGGAGAACUAAGUGGAAGAAGCAGCAACCACCAGGAAUUUCAGAAGGGAGAGGAUGUGGCACUUGUCCAAGGAGUCCUGGCCAACAGUUUAUCCCCUCAUUCUCAUCCUACCCCUGCCCAGCACAGCUUCCUCACAUCAAUCCCAGUACAAGUCACCAUUUGCCUCCAUUCCCAAGACUUUUCUUCUCUCCUUCCUCUACCAGUCUACCACUUACGCUAGCAUGCCCAUUUCCCCAGCUUGUAAAUUCGGUCGGCAUGGCAUCUUUCUAUGGCCCUGCCCGCUGAUGAUACCAGAAGUAUAAGGUAUAAGCCCACCCAACCAUCGUCCUCUUCUUCCAAGUGGAUCCUAAAGCUCUUCUGAUGCUACAACUGCCAACCUCUGUGCCUUAGUGGUCAUGUUGGAAGUUGUCGUUUCAAACUUUGGGGCUGCCAAGUGAAUGGACUGCUUCUGUCAUACCUCUAGAAGACACUAAAAUAUAUUUGAAUUGACAAUCGACCCAUAUUUUCCAUCAUUUGCCCUCUUGUCGUGUGAGAAGGACGAUCUCUUUCAGCUUUAAUGGGGCUACAGUAGAGUUGCAUCAUGAAUGGUGUCAGCCUACGAGACGAGACAUUUCAGGGCCACAGAGCAGUAAGCGAGAGGAAGA